GGAGAUGGCAGCGUGAAGAACUGACGCAGUGCAAAACCACGACAAAAGCUUUCAGAGUGCCAUCUGUUCGUGCACACUGUUUACAUCAUUUAAAUGGAACAGCAGUAUUAAAGUUACUGGAAGUGUGAGCCAGAUGAUGAAAACAUAUCAUUCGGGAUACAGGAUUUGCUUGCAACUCCUUCAUUGAAGGCUUUAAAACGCAAUGGAGAUCCCAGGCCAGGACACUGUGGUGCUUCGGUCUUUUACACCUAAGAGAAGCACCAAGUUGAACGCAGGCAAACCAGAGAAGCAGGAUGACCCGCAUGCUGAUAUCCAGCCUGAGUCCAACCAGGCGCAGGAGCUCAUCAAGCUCCGCAUAGAGCAGCUUUGCAGCAGGCGUUUCGUUUUGCUGAAGAUGAAGUGCUUCAGAAAGAAGGCAGAGGACAAGAGUGGCAGGAACACACAGGAACUGAUCAGCGAGGACAGCGAUGAAGUUUGUGAACUGGACACCAUCCAGAAGGAGCUGGAGGAGCUGCUGGCUAAAAAGGAGCAGUUGGAGAAACAGGGAAAUAGCUCAGAUCUCAGUCAACCGGAUGUACCACCCACUUAUAAAACUGAGACACCCAAUGGGGGGAUCUACCUGCUGCCCCUUCCCCAUGGCACACGAGAGCUCAUGGCACCGGAGCAGAGAGUACAAACUGAAGCAACAACUGGACAAGUUGUCCCAGUGGACAGUCUGGAUCAAACGCCAGCUGUCACCCAGUGUCCAUCCUGUCAACAGGUCGUCUUCACUGAAACCCGCAGCACGUUGAGCCAGGCGAUGUGGAUGCUUUGCUGUUUGAGCGCCAUGAUGGGGUGUGUCGCAGGCUGCUGUUUACUCCCUUUCCUCAAGGCCAGUCUGAGGGACGUCCAGCACCGGUGUCCCCAGUGCCAGGCACACAUACACACUCACAAGGCACUUUGACAUGAAAAUUACUGCAUCAACAGCCCUGGUGAGAUUUGGUCUGCGGUCUUGGAGCUUUUUGGGGCUCGGCCUUGGCUUUGUCUUUUUAUCUGGACAGGGACUUGUUUAACAUUUGACUACAGCUGACCUUGGCAAUAUGCCUGGAGAUGAAUGGUACAAACUGCACAAAGUCUUGGAUAAAGUAAAGCUAAACAUACUCUUCUUUGACUGCCUUGGUCUUGUGAUGUCACUGUUAAAACUGAAAAUCAGCCUCAGUUUGACCCCAGCUGAAUACCUGCAAAACAAGAGCUUAAGUGAGAAUGUCAGCUCGCAGAUCACUGCUCAGUUCAAUAAUGUCUGGACUAGAUCGUGUGUCAGAGAUUAGGCUGCAAAUUUAAAAAAAAAAAACAAAAAAACCCCACCUUUUUUAAGAUAUACAGCUUUAUGGUUUGUGUGUCAGCAAUUCAACACCCUUUGUGACCAGUUUCUUUGUAUAAGGAAAACAUGUUUGGGAACAUCCGUUAUGUGAUAGGAAAAUGGAAAUAAAAAUGGAAAUACAUUGCAGAGCAGAUGCAAACACCGACACAAUUCAAAUACAGUAACUUCCUUGAUUCUUCUGUUCUGUACUCUCUAGUGUUAUUUGGAAGGCAACAUGACUAUUGUCCUUAUUGUUUGUCAGGUAUUUUAUGAUAGUGAAUUUUUCUGUAAUUAAUUUCUGCAGAAGUGUUUACAUUACACCAAAUUUUAUUGACACAAAGGCAUACAGCACUUAUAUACAUCUUUUAAAGUAUUUACAAAAGAGAAUCAAUGGAUGUUACACAUGUAUAAAAAAUAUGCAUUACAUCUAUAUAAAUAUGUACACAAUGUGCAAAACAUAUGACAUACCAACAACAAGAGGCAUGGCAUGGGUGGUGGAGACAGAAAGGAGACUCAAUGCACUACAAUGCAGGAUGUAAAUCAACUGACGAGGGUGGAGAAACUCUGCGACUCGUGUGCUUUUACUACUGUAAAAGCUACUGUAAGUUCAGCCUCUCCACCAAAAAAUAUACAAGGUUGUACAUGAUAACAGAUGGCGCAGGUGAACCUGAACAAGUGGGAGCGCUGAAGUCAGUGUGGGGACGUUCAAAGAACCUUGAGGAGUUCUUGAGAGCGAUGGAGCUUCCACAAACCUCUGACACAACAGGGUUGUUCACCCAAGCCCCCAUGCAACCACUCAGAUAUAAGUGCUUUUCAACUUUUAAUCUGUAUUACUCUGUAGUAAAAGCUCUUACAUUAACAAAAAUCAAGGCAGGAUCUGACAUACAGUACAGUAGAUCAUGGGAGAGCAGCCAUUAUUGCUUUCAGCUGUCCCUGUCUGGGACAGCUGAAAGCAGUCCCAGACAGCGACCACAGUUUCCAAUGGUAAGUGGUGUCACAUUGAGCGUAAAUCACGCAUGUAGAUUUACUGCAGCCAAAAGAGUUAUGUAUGUCUGAUAGGAAAAAUAAAAUGAAAGAAUCUCUGCAAAACAAAAAUAUAUACACACAAAUUCUUCUUUUACAGAUUUCACAUAAGCAUGAAAACAAGAUUAAAUGGUUUUUUUUUUGUCUUUUACUUUUCUCCCUAGAAAAAGUGAUAAAUACAAAAACUGUGAGGAAAUUAACAAAAUGUGACAAUAUGUUCCACUGCCAGUUUGGCAACAAAAUAGCAAAGUAAAUAACCUUAAAGCUGACAGACUGAAAUUCUUUUUUUCAUUAACUUGUCAUCUCUUCUAGGACACACAUGAAUCAACUAGUGAUUCUUAGUCUAGACCUGUCUAGGAUUUAACACUCAACUAGACUUGCAAGCAGGUAUACUGGGCGACCGAGCACCACAGUAACUGAAGCAAAGGAGCACCCACCAGAGGUGACCAGGGGUUGCAGCCAUCUCUGGAUGGGGUUUACGCGGGUGUUUUGUUUGUAGAAAAUACAAUAAAGCCAAAAAACAGAAAUCUGUGCAGUAUUUGGCGCAACUCUUUCAGCUGGUCAAACAUCUUAGAUUUCUGCACAUUCAUGUGUCUUGGCCUGAUUUGAUGGCAAAUAUGUAAGUGCAGCAGUAAGAGCGUCACACUUCUUUGACAAGAAAGUGUUGACAUAAAGGGCUCUCAAUCACUUUGCUCAGAUCACCACAUUAUUGCUAAUGUGAACAUCAAAUCAGCGUUAAACAGGAAGAGAAUAGAUUCAUUUAAAAUGAGGAAAAAAAAAUCCAGCCCCUUUUAACUUUUUUUUUUUUUUUU